AUUGUGUGUGCAUUAAUCUCUCUUUUUUGGAAAAUACCUUUAAGACCAAUGAUUGCAAUGACUGGAGAAAUAUCAUUGAAUGGAUAUGUCUUGCCUGUCGGUGGAGUAAAAGAAAAAAUUUUAGCUGCACACAAUUCAAAUAUUAAAACGGUCAUCAUACCUGAACUUAAUUUGAAAGAUUUAAAAAAAAUACCUAACAAUAUCAGAGAGGAUUUAAAUAUUAUCCUAGUGAAACAUUUAGAGGAAGUAUUGGAUAUUGUUAUUCCUGGAGGAUUGGCAAUACUGCAAAACCCAUCAUUUUCAACAAUGGAAAUAUGUAAACUUUAG